AGAAACCCUCUUGCAAUUCCAGCACACCUCCUUCUGCCGUCUGAGACGUUUCCGAGACACAUUUCCACCACCGUUGGAAGAGAUUCACACCGUUAUGCUAUGUCUGCCUACAGGAGUUGUGCACCCGCCCAUAGUGGCUGGCUGAGCUUCAAAUGAAUAGCUAGAUCCGGUGUCGACCAUUUACCUCCUAUGCAUGAGUCGCAUCAUGACGGUCAAAUCCGCGUGCUUGCUUCGAAGAGCGUGUCGAGGGACUGCUGAAAGCCGUUGAUGGACAUGAGACCUGUUUAGCAACCAGUACUCUAGAUCGUCUUGUCAUCUCAACAGGCCUGCAGGUUCUGCCAGCUGAGCAUGGGUCGGGUGAAACGCCGCAUCUCUGGCAGGGACUUCGUCCCUGAGGCUAUAACUGGUAGGUGCAGCACAUGGAUUGUAAGAUCGUUCCUUCUUUUUGCGGCCUCCAAGAUGUUUGCUCGUUCGUUCAUAUUUCUUCUCUUUUGCUUAACUGUGCAAUUUGUGUACGUGUCAUCCUCUCCGCUCGUCGUCGAACGUGCAGCUUCGACAUGUUCUACCAAAGACAUCGCCACGGUCAAGCGUACAGUCUCGGACCCGGUAUACUUCUGUCAGUGGUGGCAACAAGAUGUACGGACUAGAUCACCAUUCAUGGAAUUCAGCGCGACCCAGGUCGACACUCUCUGCAAGUGUAUCUCCCCGGUGACAACCGGUGGUAAAUGCAAACGCAAGCGCAGGCGCUCCAACAUUGAAGAGAGAGCGGCUGCUGUUGUAGCUCGGUCUGCAGCCUCGUGUAGCGCAGAAGUCAGCGUACAGUUUACUCAGCCGUGGCGCUUCUGCACUUUCUACACCUCUUACCCGAGGACCACAUCGCCGUUCAAAAAGUACACUGCAUCGAGUCUUACUAGUCUUUGCAAGUGCGCAAUCACAAAGCCUGCUUCAACGACGAGUAAAAAGGUCACUACGACGUCCAAAAAGACCACUACAGCAUCUAACAAGGCUACUACCACGUCGAAGAAGGUCACUACGACAUCGAAGAAGAUUACAACAACAUCAAACAAAGCUACAACCACAUCGAAGAAAACAACAUCAUCUACGAAGGCGACGUCUGUUAAAACAACAGUAAAGCCUGUGACGACUAGUAUUAAGAGAGUCACGUCGACUAGCACAAGGAAACCCACUGUCACAAGCACGGUUAAGCCUUCGACCACUUCCAAAAAGGCAGUAUCUUCAAGCACGGUCAAGCCGUCAAGUACAACUUCCAAGCAGCCGACAUCGAGCACAAAACGAUCUCCAACAACAAGUUCGAGGAAAUAAGGUCGAAGACUCCGAUUUGCGUGGAGAUUAUAUCCUACAGUAGUCUUCGCCUUCACGAAAGACAUUAAUCCAGCAUAAUUGCCAAAUUGCACAGAUAAUACUCAACUAUUUCUUACUAUACUUUGAUCAUAGUAUAUACAAAAGUAUCUAUGUUCCCGUUAACAAUACACGAACCGUAACGAUAUCUAGCUAUUCAACAGAUCUUUUGUUAUCAAGGUGUCGGCAGGAUGGUCUUUACCUGCGUUGCUCGAGUACACGAGAAUAAAGGUCACGAUUGGGCGG